UGAACAGCUGCUAGUUCCUGAGGGCUGAGAAAAGCCCUACUGAGAAAGCAUUUGUUCCUUUUAGAAGAGGCAGGGAUACACCAUUCUUUCACCCAUACAGUCAUCUCUAGACAAAAUCCUUUCUCCGUCUGGGAGAGAACUGAGGAAGAUGAUGUAGGCACAUCUAGCAACAUCCUGCUGUAUGAGCAGAAAAGCCAGAUCGGCAUUUCUGGAAAGAAGGGAGCGGCUGAUGCAGGGAGAAAGUAGGGAGACACGGCCGCGCUGCGGCAGUUCGUGCAGGCGGAUGCUGCUCGGUCCCAGCGCGGCCUGCCCCGCCACUGGAACCUGUCCAACAGCGGCGGUGCCUGAGCCAGGCUGCAGGGAGGAACCGCGCCGCGGGGACUCUCGUCCGGGCAUAGCCUCACCCGCACCCCUCUCGUCUCUGCCGCCUCGGAUGCGUCCACUCGCUGCCAAUCCCCUUUCUCCACUGAAACCACUUCACCGGAUUUUUUACUUGCAAGUUUUUGGGGUUUUAUCUUUAAAUCUUCUUGGAAACACAGGGGCAGAGGGCGAGCAACCACCGAGUGACUUCCCACAACCCCCCUCCCCGGCGAGAGGCGCUCGCACAUCCCCACUCGGAGGGUGCAGACGUCUCCCUUUUCUCCUCAACCUGGGACGGAGCGGAGAAGCCGCGGCUUACGGAGGUGGGUCGGGAAGCGGCGUAGGGUAUUCCCGGAGCGGGAGCCGGGCGCAGGUGCGUUUUCCCAACCAACGGCUGCCCGGCCGAGGUGAGAUGAGAACCCCUUGGUGGGGCGGGCGGCGGCGGGCACUUGCAAAUCAGUGACCUGUAAACCACGUCUAAAAUAAACGCUGAUGUGUUCAUAUCUCUCUGGUUACAGUGUGAAGAAAGAGGAAGAUACUUAGGGUGCUUGCAUACCCACCCUAUGAACAAACAGGAUGCUCACCCGAACGCCAAGUGUUGUUGCCCAAGCAUUCCUUCUUCUAAGCAUAAUUCUUGUCAUUGCUAUUGCAGUGAUUCAGAUAAAUCAGCAACAGAUCCUCUCCCCAGGGCUGAAGUAUGGAAUAGUCCUUGAUGCUGGAUCCUCUCGGACUACAGUCUAUGUCUAUGAAUGGCCAGCAGAAAAAGAAAAUGACACGGGAGUAGUAAGCCAAACCUUCAAGUGCAGUGUGAAAGGUCCUGGUAUAUCUAGCUAUGAGAGUAACCCUGGAGCUCUUGCCAAAGCUUUUGAUGACUGCCUGAAUAAAGUCAAGGAGAGAAUACCAGUUCAUUUGCAUAAGAACACUUCUGUUCAUCUGGGGGCUACAGCUGGCAUGAGGCUUCUGAGGUUACAAAAUGAAACGGCAGCCAGUGAAGUCCUUGAGAGCAUUCAAAACUACUUCAGAGCACAACCUUUUGACUUUAGGGGUGCGCAUAUCAUAACGGGGCCAGAGGAAGGGCUGUAUGGAUGGAUAACAGCCAACUAUAUAAUGGGCAAUUUCUUAGAGAGAAACCUUUGGAGGACAUGGGUUCAUCCUUACAGAAAAGAGACAAUGGGUGCAUUGGAUCUUGGAGGAGCUUCCACUCAGAUUUCAUUUAUUCCAGCGGACUCCCAGGAGAACUUAAACAGCACCUUGCAAGUGAAGUUGUAUGGUUACAACUACAAUGUCUACACUCGCAGCUUCCAGUGCUACGGGAGAGACGAAGCUGAGAAAAGGCUUUUAGCAUUGUUGCUCCAGAAAUCAAACUCCAGUUCCAAUGUGGAUAAUCCAUGUUACCCUCGGAAUUAUAAUACUACAUUCACGAUGAAGUACCUGUCUGGCAGCCUUUGUACACAGCCUCUGAGACCAGCAAAUUACUAUCCAAACGAGCUUGUGCACUUCCAUGGAACAGGAGAUCCAGGUCUGUGUCAGGAGAUGGUUUCUUCAUUGUUCAACUUCAGUGCUUGCAGAGACAGAAAAGACUGUCCAUUUAAUGGAAUACAUCGGCCAAAAGUUAAAGGGAAUUUUGUGGCUUUCUCAGGAUUCUACUAUACAAUUAAUGCUUUGAAUUUAUCUGGGCACUUUUCCCUGGAUGACUUCAAUUCAAGUAUGUGGUUUUUCUGUUCACACACCUGGGCACAGCUCCAUCUUAUGCUGCCUAAAUUUGAAGAAAUAUAUGCUAGAUCCUACUGUUUUUCAGCCAAUUUCAUUUAUUACUUGCUUAUACAUGGUUACAACUUCGACACAGAAACUUGGCCACGGAUACAUUUUCAAAAGGAGGUUGGCAACAGCAGCAUAGCGUGGUCCCUCGGUUACAUGUUAAGCCUCACAAACAUGAUUCCAGCAGAAGGCAAGCUGAUCCAGUUACCUCUGAAACCUGCUUUGUUUGCUGGGCUCCUCAUCUGCCUCACAGCUACAGCGUUGUUGUGUCUUGUCUUCCUUGUGUACUUGUGGAUUGUAUCACGUAAUCGGAAGAACAUCUGUCAUGUUGAACAUGUAUUUAUUCCAGAAUGAAUGAACUUUACUGAAGACAAAAGUUUUAUAGUGUUAUUAAGUAGGACCUUAUUUUUGAAAAAUGGAGGGUGAAAUAAAGACAAAAGGCAGAAGGACUUCAGGACCUGAAGCAUAAGUAGAGAAGAGACGCAAAGGAAUCUGUGAUACGGUGACUUGGAGUGCUUUUGAAAUAUUUUGGCAGUUGUUUCUGUAAAACUCAUUUGUCCAGCAUGCAGCAGAGAACCCAUGGGCAGGUUUACUUAGUAAGGGAUUACUAGCCUUUUCCUGACAGGUACGUAUUAUAUUUGUUGUUCAUUAACUCUUUGCUAACCAGUAAACUCAAGUGGUGAUGGAUUUGAUCACAGUGGUGGCUGUUUAAGAAAAAUGAAACCUGGAAGCUGUUCUGCUGUGCUGCCACUGAAAGCUCCCAAAUAAUCUCAUUUCUGAAACUGGACCAAGUGCUGGGUGAUGACAGCAACUGAAAGGAACAGCUGGGGUAGAAUUUCUUUUAUUGCUGUUCAAAACUGAUUGAUCUCUACUACAUAAAGGUGCAAUAAACUGCCAACACCUCUCGGGACUUUCAAGCCUGCCUUAAAUCUAAGCUGUAUCUUUUUGUACCAUGGAAAUCUUGGCAUGCUUCUGCUAUGGUACAUAAGAUUUGUUUUGAAGGUGGAACAAAAUGCCUUCAUGCUUUAGUAACCGAACCUAAAUUUAAAUGUCUCCUAGUUACCUCCAGAAGCCACUAGUUUUCAGUGUCCUUUUCUCUAACUUUUAUAGAAAUAUUUCUGAUAAGUUCUCAUACUGAAACACUGACCUGUAUUCCCCACACACUGUUGAUCUCAGUUGCAGUCAGUGCUGACUUGUCAUGUUCAUAUUAUUUCAACUGUCUGGAUAGAGUCUCAGAUCUGGGACCUUCUGAAGCAUUAACAUGUUGAGCCCUUCAUCCAAAGCCAAGAGCAGUAGGAGCCACUCUGCAGGCCGAGGUGGGUUCAGGAACAUGUUGCUGGACCUGCAGUCAGGGCUGUAGUGCCUUGAUAAUCCUUUCCACUGUCCUGGCCUCAGUGUGCCUUCAGUAGCACCGGGAUGUACCUAGCACAUGUUUCUGUCAAACGCAUCAACUACAGAGCUUUCCUGGAAGUGCUGCUGCUUUUGUGCUCCAAAGAGCUGACUUCCUUGAAAGCCCCAGCAUUCUUCACCAAACUUCUCAUUCCCUUAAGUCACAAGACUACAAUUUUAUCUGCUGCUCAAGGAGUUUUUCAUGGCUGAUGCUCCUUUUACCUGCCUGUCUUUUGUCUUUUGGUUGUCUUCAGCUGGCUCCUGAAAUAACCCUUGAAAAAGUCUCCUGCCACAUCAUCUGCCCUCUUUUCCCUUUGUACACUGUUAAUUCCUCUUCAUAUUGCCAUAACAUCAUCUGUGAAGCUGCAAGGGUAAUUCAGCUGAAGGGCCUUAAGAGUUAGCAGAAAGAAGGGAUUGUUGUACUCUUGAGGACCUGCAAGAGGAGAAAAGAGCAUCUUUGCUUCACUUCCCUUCUCCCCUUCUACCAUCAUCUUUUGCUCAGAUUCAGUACUUACAUGCAGUUCCAUAUUUCCCCAGAUGUCCUACAAAUAGCUGCUGUCAAUCACUUUAAUACAUUCUUCCCUUUCCAUUUUCUCAGGAUUGCUCCCCAAUAUACCUAUUGCGUAUAGUUUCCCUUGUUCACAUCUCUCCUCUGUGAAGGGAUGGUUACUCAUUUCAUGCAGUUAUUCAGUGUGAGAAAAUAACAAUUGAAAGGGAGAUCACCAUCUUCAACAGCUAUUGCUAAUGAGCCACAGCUUAUGAGACCAUGUGAGUAGAGGUUUCCACGCAUGUGGAAGAGAUUGCAUGCAAGAGAGCUACUUGAUGCAUGCACUCAAAAGUCAAGUUAACAUUGGAUUAUGAAUUCCAGUGGCAUGUAAUGUGUUUUCUAUCCAACUUCAUCUAUUCCCCAUAUUGAUUAGGUUGUGAGAGAGGAGAACAGUGGCCAGUAUUUUUAUCCAUUAAUAUUUUCAUGUUCUAUCUUUUGUUUCUGUAUCACCUUCUUUCAGGUUUGGUUGGGGUUUUGUUUUCUUUUGUGUUUCACAGGCUGAUAGGUGAUUUGAAAGGAACUAAAUACCUUUUUAAAUGGAAAAAAGAAUAAAAGUGAUUUUCAAGAGGAUCAGCAGUGAGGAUUUUGUCCCUUCUGUGCUGGUAUAUCACUCUGUCCUGUCAGUCUUACUGGAGCAGCAGUACUGAAAAUAAGGCAGAAGGUAUAACAAGAUAAUGAAAUGCUCUGUAACACCCAAGUUACAUCUGAUAAACAAAAAGCUUACUUCACAAUGCAUGGGCAUUACCGAGAUAAUGGCAUGAGAUAAAAACUUUAUCUUUUGUGUGAUGGAUCUGGUACUGCAGUUAAGAGUAAAAAAUCCCAACAGCUGGAUGAGAGCAUUAACAUGUUUUCUUAAGUUGCCGAAUUUCUGUGGGAAAUGGUAUUCUGGAAUACGUACUUGCCUUACAAAACCUUUGCCUUGCUUUGUUAAUGGCAGGGCCAUUCAGACAUGGGUUUGCACAAAUGGGACACGUUUGGAAGUUAGCCUCCUUGGAAUUGGCAGCUACAGAAUAAAUUCGUUUAACAAUCAUUUGGACUUCCAGAUGUACUUGGAUAGAGACAGUUUCUGUUCAGGGAAUGCUUUCCCCCUGUCCAUCACCUUCUGUUUUCCUGCAGUUCAGUGUUAGAAUAAAAGCCCAAGGUCGGACAUGCAGCCACCUUGGCUGCCCUCGGCUGUCUGCAAUGGCUGCUUCUUGGGGGGCAUAGCUUCAUAGCCAGAGUUAAACCCCCUUGAAGUGCAAGUGAGAACCCCGUCAGCCACUGCAUCCUCGGCCUGUCGGCUGGAACCAAACAAGGCUCUGGGAAAGCCAGUGUAUUAAUGGCGAUUGAGAGUGUGCACAACUGUAGGUUAUCUUUUCAUGCUCUUUAUUGUAUCUGAAGACUAAUAAAACUAAGUUGUGAAAAGUU